CAUUUUUACUGUUUUCUGUAGACAUGAUGCCUCAUAUGAUUCCCAUGCAACAACCUGAUGUCCCAGCUCUUCCCAACAAGAUCCUAUUUUUAACCCAACUACCCCCAGAGACAACCCAAAUGAUGUUGGCUAUGUUGUUCAACCAGUACGAUCUCACUCCAUUGCUUUUUAUUGCUAGUUUAAAUUUCAAAAUUUUUCCGCACUUGCUUUUGUUGCCAAAAUGAUGUUUGAAAAACGACUGUCACACAAAACUAAUUAUCAUUUCUUAAUUGGUUUGGGUUUUGUGCAAAAUGCAAUGACUGUUAGUUUAGCAGAGUUUGUUACUACUAGAAGUUACUAUCGCAAGGAAAGUGCUGCCUCACUCGCCUAGGGAUCAAAGGCAGCAUGCGCUAUUUGCUGAAUAAGGAGCUAUUUAAAUAAUCCCGCUUUGCCAGUGCGAGAUGCGAGGCGGUAUUAUUAAGUUACGGUGCACGAUUCAGCAAAAAUCACAUUAUUCUCUAAAGACCGAAAACCGGAUACCGAAACUAUAUUUUUCCACUCCAGCUCCAAGAACGCACGAAAUAUCUAAUUGCGCGAAAAUUCGAAAUUUGAAAGGCAACCCGGCAAACAAAUGAAAAAGCACUCUUUUGACAGCGUAGAUUGAUUUCUAAUUAAUUAGAUGGCAUUUGAAGACUGCGUAUACCUCUAUGAUACCUUUAUUAUACAUGCAUUAAGUAUCAGUUUUGACCACUUGCCAUCAGGUAAGUUGGACAUGAAAAUUAGUUGCCCUGAAUAAAAUUCACUUCUCAGCAGACAAUGGCCACUGGGGUACCUAGGUAGAGAGUAUAAAUUAAGUGGACAACAUGUUGACCCGUUCUCGCGCUGCUCUAUAUGGCUAUGUUAUACUGCCUCAGAUGUAGCUUUGGUCCACAAAAAACAAAAUUUGAAUCAAGUACAUGCACUAUAAAAAAAUCAUCCGACAAUGAAUUAAAACAUAAACUUAAAGAUGCCCAGCUUUUUGUGGCAAGGCAACUUUCACAAUCGGGCAAGCAAGAUAAACGUUUACUUGCCCGCCAUGAUAUUCACUUGCCCCGGGAAUAAAGCGGGCAAGUAUUAAGUUACACCUCUGAGCAUAAUGUAUAAAUUAUGCAAUGGACAAUUACAAUUCUACCCGGCAGAGCAAGACAAACUUAUACCAAUUUCCCGCCAAAUUUAAUCAAUUUGUUCUUGGGCAAUGCCCAUUAGCCCGACAAAUUUUCGUAUUGAUACAGGGUUUUCAGUUUUGUGCGAGACUUUAGCUAAUGGCGAUGAAGCCAUGGCGAUAGAUAAUAUUUCUACCGAUAGAAUUUACAAAUUUGGGCGAGUACACAUAAUAGAGACGUGACUAAACGUAAAAGCUCUGGCGAAUUUGGGUGGGGUUGAAUGAAAAAGUCUCGCGAAAUUCGCCGUUCGCCGGCCUAAACUGAAAACCCUGGAUAUAUUUGAUAUACAAGUUUUCAUGUAUAUUUUUUCCAACAUUUUUAAAAAACUUAAAUGACGUGUGUGUUUGUUUUCUUUGUUUCUUUCUCUUCCACCUUCUAGAUUUCCUGGUUUCCGAGAAGUUCGACUCGUUCCUGGAAAGUCUGACAUCGCUUUCGUAGAAUUUGAGAAUGAAGUCCAAGCGGGAACGGCGAAGGAUGCUCUACAAGGGUUCAAGAUCACGCCGACAAAUGCAAUGAAGAUAACAUUCGCGAAGAAAUGAAAACAUUUACACAUCCAGGUUUUUGUUUACGUACAGUACUUUCUUUCGAAGAUGGGACUCGUUCUUAUGGCUAAGGUUUCAAGAUAAACUGUCCAUAUUCUUGUAACAAAAUCGUCACAAUAGGCAAAACGCUUGGUAUUUUGGUACUCAGUGCUUCUACAUAACGUCAUACAAGUGGCUUUCAUUGCUGUCAAUUUAAAAAUUGCGAACCGGCAUUUUUGUCGAGCUCAGUCAGGUCAUUCCGAAGCUGGAUUUCAGUAAGCACAGGUGAAUUUGAGAGUUUAGAACGGCAACGGUAUAAGACAAACUUGUAUUCAAUCGAAAGCAUGUAUUACUAAACUCUCUUUCCUCUUAAAAGUGCUUAUUAUUUUAAACAACUCUGAAGCACUACUAGUCAGAAAAACAGCUACUUCGAACGUAAAAACUUUUUUAUGAGACGUAGACAUGAUGUACAGUAAAUAACGUACUAGUUUGAACAACUAUGGCGUACUAGUAUGCUCAAGGGAAUACAAUGGACCAUUUUCAUUACAGACUAAAUUUUGAUCUAAACAAAUCUAGACAAAGAUUUCAUCACAGCUUGAAAGAGCAUCACAAAAUUAGUAAUAUUCCAAAGUUUCGUUGCGAAAUAUUGUAAAAUGUGGAGAAUAUAGCCUUGCGAAGUUUGCCGUUUUUCAGUCAUUUUCUAUUACAAACGGGAAAUUGACAGCCACAAAGGGUAUUAGGCUGUCAAUUUCCCCCGCGUAAUGCAAAAUGACUGAAAAACGGCAAACUUGCAAGGCUAUAUUAUCCGCAUUUUACAACAUUUCGCAACGAAACUUUGGAAUAUUACUAAUUUUGUGAUGCUCUUUCAAGCUGUGAUGAAAUUUUUGUCUACACAUGCAUAUUCAUAAGCGUUGCCGUUUUGAUUCUCACACUCACUACUUUCCGUCAGCAGAUGGUUUUCAGAGCGAGAAAAUCAUCAAGUUCUUUUCAUUAUAUAUGUACAGGGGCGUACCUUAGCGGAGGGGGGCGGUUGUACAACCCCACUUUUGGCUAAGAUUGACUGUAGGAUUGGAAAAUGACACGAUGCUCGGUUAAAUAAGGGAGAGGUCGUUGGUAAAAUUUUUAUACAGAGUCUUUAUCCAGCACUAAUGCUGCUGUUUUCAGUUGUUUUUACAAAUAGUAUUUUACAUUAUAGAUUUUGAAUCACAUUGUACCUGUUAUAGAAAUUGAAAAUUCAACUUUGAACUUUUUGACUUUGUUAGAACUCGAAGGGAGGGGAUAAGUGGAGUUAAAAAUGGAGUGUCAACACCCCCUUCCUGCCACAUACAGUCCUACACCUCCAUUUUUGAAAUGGCUAAGGAACGCCACUGUAUAUUUAGUAGGCUUGUAAAUACAAAAAAAUACUGUAAAAGGGAGAGAGAAAUGUAGUUGAAUUUGUUUUCUUUAAGGAGGGUCCACACUACUGAAAUCCAGCAACAUGCCGCUAAUAAUUUUCCAUUGAAAGCUAUUCAAUGAAAGCAGUCUACUGUUUUUACGCAAAAAUAUUAGGAUUUGAUCGCGGAAAAGCCUCGAAAAGAAAAGUCUGGGAUGUGUCGAGUCCGGGUCGAACGCUUUUCUGUAAAUCUUACCACAAGAAUAUUUUUAAUAAAACUGUAAAUACAUUUGUCGUGACAUUGAUGUAAACGGUAUCAGAUUGAUUGUACCAGUCGAAAUAAGUACAGACAUAUCUAACGACUUUAUACCAAUAAACCGUCCGUGCCUAUUUUGGAUGGCAAAGCAAAGCAACUUUCCAUAUCCAUUCACAUCUAUAUGCAUCCUCGUUCCCAGGGACUCUCAGCCGCGCGCUACCUUCAGGCCCUGG